GCAGUGUCACAUCCCCCCCCAUUGGUUGCGCUCUUUAACGCGCCCUUUGGUGUUCCGUCUGUGUGAGUCUGUUAUACAGAACAACAGCUGGCCAGUAGUAUGCAUGUUGUGGAGUCUUAAGCAUCUUACACGCUUAGAAUAGACUUCAAACGUAGAUGACCGUGUACAGGAAAUGCCUUGCCCCAGAGUAGUUCAAUAACCCCAUUGCCUCCUGAGACUGCUGUUCAGUUGAGUCAAGCUCCUCUGACGGAGAGGGUCCGGUAUCCUGGGUUUGCACUGCCGUCAUUGAACAACCCAAGAUGCUUUACGGAAUGUUUUAUUUUGGCUUAACGACGCUUUUUGUGCUGCUGCCCACGCUAACGACGUUUAACGUGGACGAAAAAAACGGAUUGGCGUUCAAUGGCCCGAUUGAGGACUUGUUCGGCUACACCGUGCAGCAGUUCGAGAACGAGGAGGGGAAGUGGGUUCUGAUUGGCUCCCCCCUUUGGGGCCAACCAGCCAAUAGGACGGGACAAGUCUACAAGUGUCGGGUGCGCAAAGGCAUGAAUACUGGGUGUGUUAUGACCAGCAUAUCAGCGGACACGACAAUCCCGGACAUACAUGAAGUCAAGGAAAACAUGACUAUGGGAACCACGCUGGUCUCCAAUCCCAACGGUGGAUUUCUGGCUUGUGGUCCGCAGUAUGGCUACAUGUGUGGGAACCAGCAGUUCAUCUCAGGGGUCUGUGCAAACGUCAGCUCCUCAUUCAAGGUGCUAAACUCCAUCGCCCCCUCAGUGCAAGCGUGUUCAAAGCCGCUGGACAUUGUGAUCGUGCUGGACGGCUCCAACAGCAUCUUCCCCUGGACCAGCAUCACUGACUUCCUGGUCCGGUUCCUGCAGAACAUCGACAUCGGUCCCACGAUGUCCCAGGUGGGCAUAGUGUCGUACGGAGACAACGUUGGACACGAGUUCAAUCUGAGCCAGUUUCACAACACCAACGACGCCCUGGUUCACGCCAAGCUAAUACCACAGAGGACAGGCCUGAGGACCAUGACAGCGCAAGGCAUCGAAAUGGCACGGAGCGAGGCCUUCACAGUGGAAAGAGGCGCCCGGCUAGACGCCAAGAAAGUCAUGGUGAUCGUCACAGACGGCGAGUCACACGACAACUACAUGCUGAAAGGGGUCAUUGAUCAGUGUGAGGAGGACGGCAUCGAGAGGUUCUCCAUCGCCGUCCUCGGUGACUACAACCGGCAAAACAAAAGCCUCGAGCAGGUGAAGACGUUCAUCGAGGAGAUCGAGUCGAUCGCCAGCCCUCCCAAGGGCGACCACUUCUUCAACGUGUCCGACGAGGUGGCCCUGCUGACCAUCGUGGACGCUCUCGAACAGCGCAUCUUCGCGCUGGAAGGUACGUCAGACAAAAACACAUCUCCUCUUCGAAUGGAGUAUUCCCAGGCUGGGUUCAGUGCCCACGCGUCUAAAGAGGCCUUGAUGCUCGGGGCGGUGGGAGCCUUCGAAUGGAACGGCACGGUGGUCAUGCAGCAAGAUGGGGUCACCGUGGAGCCCGACAAGGCCACCUUCCACAACCCCCUGGAGGAAAGAUACGAGGGCAUGGCAGGCUAUGUGGGUUACGACGUGCAAUCAGCCUCAACGCCCGACGGCAUCCUCUACAUCACCGGUGCCCCGCGAUACAACCACACCGGCCGCGUGACCAUCUACCGCUUCGACGGACAAAACAUCACCGUCACACAAACCCUGAAGGGACAGCAGAUCGGUUCCUACUUUGGCAGCGUGCUGCAGACGGUGGAUGUGGACAUGGACUCCUACACAGACCUGCUCCUGGUCGGGUCCCCCAUGUACAUGGGCUCCGAGAGGGACGAGCAAGGUCAGGUGUACGUCUUCAAACUGAACAAGGACGGCAAGUUUGAGCCGGAGAUGACCCUGAAGCCCGAGCCCCAGGCCUGCGCCAACAACAUCGCCAUCAAGAACGAGCCCUGCGGCGCCCGCUUCGGCACGGCCAUAGCCGCCAUCCCAGACCUCAACCUGGACGGCUGGGCGGACGUGGUGAUCGGCUCGCCGCUGGAGAACGACCACAGAGGGGCGGUGUACAUCUACCAUGGCAACAAGCAGAAGACUCUCAAAGAGAAGUAUGUGCAGCGCAUCGCUGCUGGAGGGGAUGGUGAAAAAGUGAAGUUUUUUGGUCAGUCCAUCCACGGAAUCAUGGAUUUGAAUGAAGAUGGCAUCAUUGACGUCACCAUCGGAGGUCUGGGUGGAGCAUCUCUUUACUGGUGA